AAUUCAUAUAUAUUUCAAUAUUCAAAAGCUUUCUUCUUUGUUUUGGUUUUUGUAAUCUCUGUGUUCACAUUGUAGAGUCAAACCUGUAAUCAUAAUCUUCCAAAGGAAGAAGGAAGAAGAAGAAGAAGAAGAAGAAGAAUCGUAUCAACAAAAACCCUCAUUUUUCUCUUCAAAAUCCCAUUUCAGAAAAACCCCAUAAUUUGAUUUUCCAUCUCUUUCAAAAUUUUCUGAACCCUUUUUUUUUCUUUCGUUUUUUUAUCCUCAUUCUGACACUGUUCUUCCCAAUGAAUGAUUCCACCAACGGAAACGUGAGGAAGAGGACUAGAGCUGAUGAAGUCGACGAAGACGACGAUUUGAUGGGAAAAAAUGGCGGAGGAAAGGGUUUGAAAGGGUUGGUUACUUCUCUGUUGUUGUUAGAUGAACAGGACAAGUGUGAACAGGAUGAACAAGACAGAAUUUCGGUGGAGGCGAAGAUUUCGAUGGAGGUGAAUCACAGGAAGAAGACCAAAGCCAUGGUUGAUUUCUAUUCCGAAGUUCAAGAUUACUAUUCUGAAGUUGAAGAAUCCGACCGAAUGAAACGGAAGAAAUCGCGAUUAGCAGCUAACUCUGUUGCAGUUGCGGCCGUUUCCGAUGGAUUACAGAGAAUCGAAAACGAAAAAUCAAACAAACGUGGCGGCGAUGGCGGUGGAGGAAGCGGUGGUGGUGGCCAUCACCGGAGACUCUGGGUAAAAGAUAGGUCAAAAGCUUGGUGGGAUGAAUGUAACAGUCCCGAUUAUCCCGACGAAGAAUUCAAGAAGCAAUUCAGAAUGGGUAGAGCAACUUUCGAUAUGAUCUGUGAAGAACUUAAUUCCGCCAUAGCUAAAGAAGAUACAACCCUCCGAACCGCCAUUCCCGUGCAGCAAAGAGUCGCUGUUUGCCUAUGGAGAUUAGCCACCGGCGAUCCACUUCGAGUUGUAUCGAAGAAAUUCGGAUUAGGUAUUUCAACUUGCCACAAACUAGUUCUCGAGGUUUGCACCGCCAUUAGAACAGUACUAAUGCCGAAGCAUCUUCAAUGGCCGGAAGAAGAAACACUCAGAAGAAUCAAAGAAGAAUUCGAAUCAAUUUCCGGAAUCCCCAACGUCGUUGGUUCAAUGUACACCACACACAUUCCGAUCAUCGCUCCCAAAAUCAGCGUCGCAGCUUAUUUCAACAAACGCCAUACAGAAAGAAAUCAAAAAACAUCAUACUCAAUUACAGUUCAAGGAGUGGUGGAUCCAAGAGGAGUUUUCACAGACGUUUGCAUCGGUUGGCCAGGAUCAAUGCCGGACGAUCAAGUUCUUGAGAAAUCUGCUCUGUUUCAAAGAGCAAAUGGGGGAUUAUUGAAAGGGGUUUGGAUUGUUGGAGGAUCAAGUUAUCCAUUAAUGGAUUGGGUUUUAGUUCCUUAUACACAGCAACAUUUAACAUGGACACAACAUGCAUUUAACGAGAAGAUCGGAGAGAUUCAAAAGGUGGCUAAAGAUGCAUUUGCACGGCUGAAGGGACGGUGGCGUUGCCUACAGAAACGAACAGAGGUAAAGCUUCAAGAUUUGCCGGUGGUGCUUGGAGCUUGUUGUGUUCUUCAUAAUAUUUGUGAAUUGGGGAAUCAAGAAAUGGAUACAGAGCUUUUAACAGAGCUUCAAGAUGAUGAAAUGGCACCUGAAAUGGCUUUAAGGUCAGUACCUUCCAUGAAAGCAAGAGAUGCCAUUGCUCAUAAUCUGCUCCACCAUGGCCUCGCUGGGACUUCUUUUCUUUAAUGAAACAACUCAAGAUUCUUUCCCUUUUGGGUAAUUCCUCAUCAAAAUUGUUCAUCAUUUUACUAAUAUGUUUUUUUCUUCUCAAAAUUAUUUUUUCAUAUGUUUUUGUUAUGAAAUUGAAAUUACAAAGAAAUAUUUGUAGUUUAGGAUCAUAUACAUGUUAGAAUUUAGAUAUUACCAAACAUGACAGAAUGGAUUUUAGAUGGAAUGUUCAAUUCUUU